AAUUGAGGUCAGAAUUUAAACAAAUUGUAAAUUUAAAGUAUUGAGAACCGAACAUCUGAUGAGAUAUAAAUCAUAGGGUGAAGACGAAAUGACCAAAGGAACACAGGACCAGCGCCCUCCAACAUCAGGAUGAAGACGUUGGUGUUGCUGACUUUAUCCGCCCUGACCGCCGUAUACUCGGCCUCCGUGUUGUCCAGGAUUCCUGCUAGAGCCACCAAUGAGCUGUUGAUCUGCGCUUUUAACAUCAAAACCUUUGGAAAGGCCAAAAUGGCUGAUGCUGAACUGGCAGAAUAUAUCAAACAGAUUGUUCUUCGGUAUGACCUCAUUCUGAUUCAAGAGAUUCGUGACGUCAGCGGAGAGUCAAUUCAACAAUUGUGGCAGAUGGUCAAUGCCACCAGACCUUACGGAAUGACCAUCAGUGAACGACUAGGACGGUCCUCUUACAAAGAGCAAUAUGCUUAUUUCUACAGACUGUCUAGCCUUCAGUUAGUGGGAACCCAUCAGUACGAUGACGGACCGGACGACUAUACCGACAUUUUUGAGAGGGAACCUUACAGUGCUUAUUUCCUACCUGUAGGAAGAUCUGCAGGUGACGCGUUUGCGGUGACUGGUAUCCAUGCCAAACCUGCCGAUGCCGUGUCUGAAAUAGGCCACCUGGAGACUGUGUACUACGACGUCUAUAAUCACUGGAGAACACCGAAUAUAAUAUUGAUGGGGGAUUUCAAUGCUGACUGUUCCUAUGCCUCUGAGGAGGAGCUCUCCAGUAAGGCCUUCUACACAGACCCCCUGUUUCAGUGGCUGAUUGACUGGAACGUUGACACCACCACCUCUACAACAGAUUGUGCCUAUGACAGAAUCGUGGUAUCGGGUAACAGAAUGGUGACGUCAGUUAUUCCAGCUACAGCCGACAUCUACCGCUUUGAUCAGGUGUUUGGUCUCAGCUAUGACCGAGCCUACGAUCUUAGCGACCAUUAUCCCGUAGAAGUCAGACUAAGUUGGUAAACUCAGUCCAUGAAACAAUAAA